AUGGACUUCGCCGAGUCCUACAACCACGAUAUUUUCCGCGUUUACGUCCCCAAGAAAGUCACAAUCGGAGUCAUGCAUCCCGAUCCUGUCGUCGAAACAUCAGCUCUCGCCGCUGUGUCGCCGCCCGACGUGUUUUACGACCUCCAUCUCCCGCAGCGCGUGAUCGACGAGGGCCUGUUAUCGAGUCUUCAGCUGGAAACGGUCAUUUACGCCUCGCAGCGCCACCAGCUAUUCAGCCCGCAAGGCUACCGCUACGGCUUCCUGCUGGGCGACGGCGCCGGCGUUGGAAAGGGACGGCAGCUCGCUGGAAUCAUCGCGGAGAACUGGAUGGCAGGGAGGAAACAAGCGAUUUGGAUCAGCGAAAGCGGCGAUUUGGUGUAUGACUGCAGACGGGAUCUCGACGACAUCGGCUUUUCGGAGAUCCCCAAACCGCCGAUUCACCGAGGGCGUGUUGUUUUUAACGUACAGCACGCUCAUUUCGAAGCGAUCAGGCAGUGCGAACUCGAUCAGCAAGUAGGCUGUGCGUGUGGGAUGCGAGCUAGCUCGCGCCUUCGACAGCUGCUUCGCUGGUGCAACGAGAAAUCGUUCGACGGCGUGCUGGUUCUCGACGAGUGCCACAACGCGAAGACCAGCACCAAAUCGACGGGCAGCGCCAAUUCCUCGUCGCUCUCCUCCUCCUCCUCGACGUCCUCCAAGAAGAAAAUCACGAUGAGCAAGACCGCGCAGACGGUGAACGAUCUGCAGAGCCGCCUGCCGAACGCGCGCGUUGUGUACAGCAGCGCGACGGGCGGAAGCGACGAGAAGGAACUGGGGUAUAUGCAGCGAUUGGGACUGUGGGGACCGGGAACGAGCUAUAAAAGCUUCGAGGAUCUGGCGGGGAAGCUGAGCAAUGGAGGCUUGUCGUUCUUGGAGAUGCUGUGUUGCGAUAUCAAGGCGAAGGGAGCGUUUUUGAGUCGCCAAUUGUCGUUUACGGGGUGUCAGUUUUUGGUGAAGGAGGCGGGGAUGGAGAAGGAAAUGAGCGAAAUGUACUUGAAAAGCGUGCAGCUGUGGAGAGUGAUUUUCGAUGCCUUCCAGAAGGCCAUGAAACACGUUCCGCUAUCGCUGGUCUGGCGAUAUUACUUCUCCAGCGUGCAGCGAUUCUUCAAGCACAUGAUCAUGAGCUCCAAAGUGAUUCCCUACUGCGUCGAAAUCGCAAAGAAAGCCCUGGAGGAAAACAACUGCGUCGUGAUCGGCCUCCAAAGCACCGGAGAGGCCCACAUUCGGCAGAUGAUGGCGCGCCAGCGAAGCCAGGCCGGCGAAACGGACGAGUCGGGCGAGUCGUUGAUGCUGGUCGACGGUUUCAUUUCGUCCCCGCGGGAAAUCUUGCUGCAGUUGAUGGAGAACGCGUUUCCGAGCAUCCAAAUCCCCGACUAUCUGCGAAGCUUCGCGGCGAGUCUGGGAGAAGACGACGAAGACAACGACGUAGACAAUAAAGAAAGAGAAAGAGAAGGAGAAGGAGGACUAGUGGUGGAACGUAGGCGUGGAUGGAAGGAGAUCAAGGGCAGAUUCGUCGCGUGCGAAUUUCCGGAUCGCGCAGCGGAAUAUCGCGAAAUGGAAAUCGGGGAAGAUAGAGUCGAAGAUGCCUCCAAAACCAAAAAAGACUCCAAAACCGAAGCGGAAAAAACCGCGGAGGCUCGGAACCGUCUUCUCCUGCAACUGCUCUCCAUCCAAUCGCAGCUCGACUCAAUGAAAUCCGAGAUCCUCAAGGAAGUGAAGGCGAUCCAGCUGCCCUGCAAUCCGCUCGACGAGCUCAUCGAUCAGUUAGGCGGCGAAUCCAAGGUCGCAGAAAUGACAGGCCGCAUGUACCGCGUGCUUCGCCAUCAUCCCGGCAUUCCCGACUCUUCCACUGCGUAUUUCCGAAGCGAAAAGGAAGCUUCGAAUCCUUCGCAGCCGCUUUCCGAUUCCGAUCUUCGUCUAAACGACUCCUAUUUUUACUGCCAGUCCCGCGGAAUUAAACGUGGAAGCGGAGAAGGGAUCAACAUGCGCGAGAAGCAGUCCUUCCAGAGCGGCGAGAAGCUCAUUGCGAUCAUCAGCGAGGCUGCGAGCGCGGGCAUUUCCCUGCAAAGCGACCGCCGCGUGGCGAACCAGCGGAAGCGCAUCCACAUCAUUUUAGAGCUGCCCUGGUCCGCAGAUAAAGUGAUUCAGCAGUGCGGACGGUCGCACCGAAGCAAUCAGAGCGUGUCUCCCGACUACGUCUUCCUUCUGUCUGCGAUUGGCGGCGAGAUUCGGUUCACCAGCACGAUCUCCGCGCGGCUGCGUGCGCUGGGCGCGCUGACGCAGGGGUCGCGGAACGCGACGGGCGCGCUGGAUUUCUCGCAGUUCGAUCUGGACUCGCAGUACGGGCGAAAAGCGGUGCGGAUCUUCUUGAAUGCGGUGCUGGAUCCGGAGGACGCGGAGUAUCUGCCGGACGAUUAUGGCGUGAAAGUGGAAUUGGGGAAGACGGAGAAGGCGGAGUACGCGGAGUAUGCGGCGGCGAAUGGGGAAGAGCGGCUGCAGUUGAUGGGGAAAUGGCUGCGGAGCGUGGGGAUCCAGGACGAGAAGGAGUCGAGCGCGAUGCUGUUCAAUCGCAUGCUCGGCCUGGAGAUUUUCAAGCAGCAGCAGCUGGUUCAGUUCCUAAUGGAGGUGGGAAUGCGGAGCGCGGUGCAUCGUAGAUCCUCGCGAAGGAAACGUAUCGCAUCCAGAAGACCGAGGUGCUGGACCAGGGCCUCAACAUCAUCACCGGCAAAUCCGUCAAGCUCGCGUGUCCUCCCGAGGUCAUCUACGAGGACCCCGUCACCGGCGUGCAGAGCCUGUAUUAUAAAAUCAUCGUCACGCGCGGCGUGUCCUACGACGAGCUGCGCAAGCUCAACAAAAACGGGUACUUUGCUUCGCUCCCUCUUCACCCAGUCGAUUCUUCGUCGGAAACAUCCGCAAGCUCGUCAUCUACGCCUACCACGACUCCCUUCCGCCCUCCCAAUGGAAGCGCGACACGCCUCUCCACGUCAUCCGCCCCGCCACCGGCGCCGCGCCCAACGUCUGGCAGUACCAAGACGUCAAAGACAAAUACUCCGAGACCAGCGACGGCAAAUCGCUCUGGACGCACCAGUGGCAGCGCUCCCAGCGCGUCUGCGUUCACGGAGAGAACUGCCGCCGUAG